AGUACUUUGAAUGGCUUUGAGCUUUUCUAUUCUCCAUUUUACAGUGUUCGGGCAAGUUUCAGCUUCCUUGGAGACGCCACGUGAGUUUGGAAAUGUUAGCAAUUUGAGUAAUUUGUUUGCUUCCCAAGGUUUUGGUGGUAAUGCCACCAAUGUAUUUGGUGCCUCAUUAUCUCCUUUUGAGACGUCAAGUGUGUUUGGGAGUGGUAGCAAUUUGAAUAAUCUGUUUGCUUCUAAUGCAAUGGGUACUACAAAUUUCCCUAAUGUAUCUACCCAAGGGUCUGGUUUUGGCUAUAAUGCCACCAAUGCAUUUGGAGAAGCAUCUUCUUGGGGACAUCAAUUGUGUUUGGGAGUGGUAGCAAUUCGAGUAAUCCGUUUGAUUCUAAUGCAAUGGGGACUACAAAUUUCCCUAAUGUAUCUACCCAAUGGUCAGCUUAUAGGGGUACUAACACCAAUGUAUUUAGAGAAGCAUCUUCUUCCUUGGGGACGUCAAGUUUGUUUGGAAAUGGUAGCAAUUUGA